AAAGGUGUGAGCCAUAUCACUCUCCCGAUUCACUUUUUCUGGUCUUGCGUUGUGGUACACGGCGCCAUGAUUUUCCUCGUUUGCUUCGCGUUGCUUUUUGGAUCAUCUCUAGCUGAGAGAGUUGAGACAAUAGAUGAGCUUCAAGAACUCUUUGAAAAGGAAACGUCAAGAAGCAAAAGAGGGGCAUGCGCAGAUGAGAACAGCUACUGUUCGUCAUACAAAGCCUACUGUAAAGACAAGGAUUACGUGGAUUGGUUAAAACAGAACUGCAAAAAGACCUGUGACUUCUGUGUCAAACCAUGUUUCGACAAACACACCAAAUGCGCAGUAUACAAGAACUUUUGCAAGGUACCUAAAUACGAGGGUGCAAUGCGACAUUGGUGCAACAAAUAUUGCGAAUUCUGUACAGUCCCGACGACGACACAAGCACCCACGACGCUCCCACGCACAGAAAGACCUAUUGACCCAGGAAGUGUAAAAUGCGGAACCAAGGGCAAAGGAAACACGAGGAUUGUUGGUGGAACUCGUGCCAAGAAGGGCGCUUGGCCGUGGCAGAUCAGCAUGAACUACGUCCAUAACAAAGUCACCAAGACACCGCACAUCUGCGGGGGGUCAGUCGUGGCCCCUGAGUGGAUAGUGACCGCCGCUCACUGCUUCGCGUAUAGUAAAGACGCCAAGGACUACACUAUAGCGGUCGGCGAGCAUGAUCUUAAUGCCACGGACGGCUACGAGCAGCGACCCGACGUCGAGCGCAUCAUCCUUCACCCGAAGUACGCGCCCCACAACAACCACGACUACGACGUAGCACUCAUUAAGCUUGCGUCUCCACUUCAAUACAACGACCGCGUAAGGCCCGUAUGCCUCCCUUCACUUAAAGAAGACCUAGAAGAGAAUACACAAUGCUACAUCAGCGGAUGGGGCCACCUUCAGGAGGCUGGGCACGGGCCUUGGGUACUGCACCAGGCUGCUGUCCCGUUGGUAUCACGUGACACCUGUCAAAAAGCCUACAAUGACCUGCACUACAAAGUCUCAUCACGCAUGCGUUGUGCUGGCUAUGGCGCCGGCGGAAUCGACGCAUGUCAAGGAGACAGUGGGGGACCGCUGGUCUGUAAAGAGGGUGAUGUCUGGUACCUAAUGGGCGCAAUCAGUUGGGGAGUGGGAUGCGCGCGCGGGGGUAGAUAUGGUGUGUACGCUGAUAUGAUGGAUCUGAAAUACUGGGUUCAGUCGACAAUCCAUCAGGGAUAGUUCUUCCUAAGUCGUCAAAACGACCUUAUUUGGAAGUAAAAAUUAACUCGCGGGUCAGAAAAAAAAAUAAAAUAAAAACUACAUAUAAAGAA